AAGUGGUUGAGCUGAAUGGAAUUGAAGUAAAGUAAAGCGGCUGGUUUUGUUGUGCCUGAACCAAACAUCGUCAUCAUUUAGCCAGGCACUCUGCUGCUGCUACAGCGACUGCUGAUUCUUCAGUCAUCAUCAUCAGCACAGACGGCAUGAAUACGAAUGACGAACGAACGAAGCAAGUUGUCGUUUUUAGAAAUUUCAAACGAAUACCAUUACAUAGCCCACCAGUUGGGGUUUGUUGUUGUUUCGUAAGAGAACAAGAGUUACAACUACAACUGGCUUAAGAGCAGCAGCAUUUGGAGUGUAACAUUAUGGAUGGGUGCUAGUCAGCCAGCCAGCCAAGUACUUAAUAUAUCAGUUGUGUUAGGCGCAGCAGCAGCAUUAGUAGCAGCACUUAAGCGAAUGCGAGCAUUUCUAACAGUAGACAAACAGGCGAAACCUGCUGAGACGACGAGUCCUUGCUCGUCGGUUCAUAUGAUAGGAAGGACAACAAAAUUGUUGUGUUAUUAAAAAUUAUUCAAAAGAAAAAAAAAAGAAAAGAGUCUCAAGAAAGAAUUUAACCAAAAAAAUAAAUAAUUUAACAAAACAAAUAAAUAAGAAAAGUGUGAGAGCGAAAUAAAAAAGAAAUCAAUUUUUUGGUGGAAAAAUAAGGAAUGAAAAAGUAAAGGAAAAAUUCGUAAGAUAACCUAAAAAAAAAAGAAAGAGAAAUAGUUGAAAGAAGUGUAAAAAAAAGUGCAAAGUCAACACCUUUUUGUAAAGUCUAAAAAAGAAACAAAGGCACGGCACGGCACGGCAUAACGGGGAAGCAAGUUGGCCUAAAUAAGCCAAGACGAAAACAAGUGUUUACAGUUUUAAAAAUCUGCCCCAACACUUAACACAGUUCCUGGUCAAAGGCAUCAAAAAAAAAGUUAUUUAAAAAAUAAAUAAAAAAGGCCAAAAAAUAAGACCUUUUGGAAAAUUUUUGAAAAAAUACUUUGGAAAAAUUUUAAAUUUAUUUAAAAAAAAAUAAUAAUUUUUUGUGCAAAUUUUGAAAAGAGUUUCAGUUUUGAGUUACCAAAAAAUUAAUGUGUUGUUCUGUUUUUCCUUAAAGAAAAUAAAACUUGUUUCAGUUCUAAAUAACGAAAAAAUAAUUAAAGCACCAGUUGCUUUUUUUCAAUAAAACAAAUAAAGUUCCUUAACCUAAAAAUAAAAAAAAAGCUGAAAUAAAAAAAAAAAAACAAUAACUAAAAAUUUUUAUCUAACAUUCCGUCGGCCUUGCUUGAUUUGAAAAAAAAAAAAAUUCUCAAAGAGGGCCUUUUUUGGAUUUUUUUUUGAAAACUCCCCAAGAAGCCCUAAAAGGAUAACCAGUUUAUUUUGGCCUGGAAUACCCGGUAGCAGACACAAAUAAGGCUUAUUAAAGCUAUUGACCAGUGCAAGAAGUGGGCAAAGAAAAAAAACAAGAAAACUAAAAUAGCCGGCCAUUAGAAGAAAAAAAUAAACCAGGAACCCGGAAAAACACAAAGACUCAUACUUGUUACACACAUACCGACAUACACACAUACAUAGUAACAUAUUUGUACAUAAGAAAAGUACUUUGCUUAGCUCUAGACCUGCUAGACAGCAACUCAUUCUCAUCAUUCUACCAGCCUAGGUAGAACUACUAGUCAGAACCGAGAAACCCAGGCAGACAAAAUAGCCAGAACUCCAACGGCCACAGGAAGAAGAGAGGGCCGGACUGAAGACUGCUCAACAACAACAACAACAACACGAAUAAUAACAACAAAAGGAAACAGUUUACAUAUUUCUAUACUAACUUCUUCUACACCUCCAACUACCCUCCCCCUGGAUUACCCCCAGAAAACAGAAACUGACAAAGAAACCAAAAAAAGACGAAGAACAAACGAAGGAACGGAAAACAAGAACCUGCAACAUAAACAUCAGGAAUAAAAAAACAUAUAUAACUUAAAGCCAGCAGUAGUGGCAGGAGGCAAGAAGAAGUAGAAGUUCUCUAUACCCUUACCACCGAGCAACGUUAAAACGGAACGGAAGCAACAAGCCAAAAGCAAAGACAUAACAAAAACAACAACAACAAACUUCUGGGUGUUUGUUUAGUGAAGUUCUGGCCAGAGACAGGCAGACAGACAGCCAGCCAGCCACCUAAGCUCCUCAAGUCAGGACAGGCAGACACACACAAGAGACACCCAAGCAAGGUGGAAAAGCCUUAAAGCCAAAAAAAAAACUCGGCGAAACAGAAAACAAGUCAAAGGAAGGCAACGCACACUCUCUCUCUCAGAGCCAGCAAUUCUUGGCAAAAUAUCAAAUUAUCCUGGAAAUAGCCGGAGCACGAAGCUAAAACAGGAAACAAACAAGGUGUUCCAAACGGCAUAAAGUAUUGGCAAGGCAAAUUAAACCCUUUCCCUUCCCUCCGCCACAAAAAAAUGAUCCAUUGUGAAUUUAACAAAUCCCAGGCCAAGGAUAUUUGUUAAACGAUUCCUGAGAGACAAAAAAACAAAGAAGGAAAUCCUCUCCAGAAAACCUCUCAAAACCCCCCAAAAACUUUACUCCAACUUGUGAUUAGACAAAACCCAUCAAGAUUACGUUUCAACAUUUGCCAGACUCCAAACUUACUCCAAAAAUACCGCCCAGCAUCAGUGACCAUUUGAAAAGCCUGAACAAAAGGAAAAUGUUUUUCUCACUGAUACAGACGCUGGUCUGUGUGCUGCUGGUCAAUGGCGGCCUCUAUGCCCUGCAUUUAACGGGUUCGAAUAGUGGAGGUGGAGGCGGAGGCAGUGGUGGCAGCAGUAGUGGCGGCUCUCCCAACUCGGCAGCCAUGUCCAGCCACAGUUCCUCUGGGCCCCAUUUGACAUCAGCGGGACAGCUAAAAAAUCCCUCCUCAAAUCCAUUUCAAAGUUCCUCGAAUCGCCUAAAUGAGGAGCUGGCCGAUUUGGCCCAAAGGGAGAGAGAACGUCUAAUGGCCAUUGGCCUGGCCAAGCAGACGGCCGAGGAGUCUGGUUACCAUGGCCGACCCGUGAUAACCGGCCGCAUAAAAAUGCAUCCCGUCGAUGACAUGGACAGCGAAUACUCCAAUUGGCUUAAUCAACAGGCCCGCAAUGUCAUGUUUGGCAGUGUGGUCAAACAGCCGGCCCCGCCGCUCAUGAACGAGGAAGACUAUGAGGAUGAGCUAAGCUAUGAACCUCUACGAAGACCCACCAAAUAUGAGUAUGGUCGGGUUGUACAACCGGCAGAGAGGGAUUUUGAAAGUCCUCACAAUCUGGAUUUGGAUGAAUUCAUGGAAUUGGAACAAAUGGCCGAUGAGGAGGAUGCCUUCCCCGAUCUAGAUGGCUAUGCCUAUCUGGAGGAUCUCAUGGCCGAGGAAAACAAGGAGAGAUUCCAACAUCAGCAGCAACAACAACAGCAACAUCACAAUGUUCCUCAAUUCCCUGGCUAUCAUCAGCAGGUCCAUCAUGCACAAAAUCCCUAUGGCUAUCAGGCCCAGGAACCGCAAAUGGAGGCCCUGCCCCAUACCCUGCAGGAAUUUUUAGAAAAAGGCCAGCAACAGCAACCGCUACAGCAACCAAAACACCACACCUCGCAGCAACAUCAAUACAACACAAACAGCAACACCAACGCCAACAACAACAAAUAUGCCAACAACAUACGCCUGCAACAGAAAUGGCAACGCAAACGUGCCCAAAUGCAACAGCAACAACAAUUGCCACGCAACAUUUUCGGGCAAAAGAACAAACAGCAGCCGCACUAUUUUAAGGCCGCCCAGUCGACCCAUAAAUUCUCGCUGGCCAAUUCGGAGGCCACGGCCACCAGUAAAGUUAAUCCCCAUUUAAAUGAAUUCAAGGAGUCGCAAAUGGAUAAUCACCCAGACAACAAGAACAACAAGCAGCAGAAUAAAACCGAAAAAGCCAAUAGCUCGUCCGCCACAAACAACAACAUAGUAUCAGCCAUUGGUGAACAACAAAAACCCGAUCAGCUGUUACAUCCAAAUCACAAGCGUUCAGGUGGUGGCGGUUCAGCUGGCAUGUCAUCGGCAGCCGCUGCCGCUGCCGCAGCAGCUGUAUCGUCACCCCACAGCCUGGCCAAUCAGUUAAUGCUGCGCUCAGCGCGUGGACAAAGGCAAUACGAUGUGCCACAAAUUGAAUGUCCCACCGCCAUGGAUGGCAUGGAACGUUUCGCAUGUCCGACACCCGACGUACAGGGCAGAUAUCGUUGCAUAGACGAUCAUGUCCUGUGCGAUGGCUUCAUCGAUUGUCCCGAGGGUGAAGAUGAAGACAGAAGAUCGUGUAUGUUCUAUAAGACGACGAAAGCACAUCUGGAUGUGCUGGCUGAUGCGUUACUAAGAUGGGCCCGAGGCCGCUAGGUCUAAGAACUGUAACAUAGUUAAGCAAAACCAAAGUAAGAAUGCCAGCAGCAGCAUCAGCAGCAACAACAACAAAAGUAUGAAAAAAUCCUCCGCCAUUCAUGUAACCCCAAAAUUAAGAGAAGUAGAAGAAGACGAAGACGAUGAUGAAGAUGAAGAAGAAGAAAAAUUCCUAAAUUUAAUUACCCAACAAGCAAUCGAAAUACACAUCGUAGUGGACAAGAAAUUCUCUCCCCCCCUGUCUCACCUGAUCUCCUACUCUCCCAUUUCCGGUUCCCCUCUCUCAAAGCAAAAACAAAUCUGUGCAAAUAUGGAAAGAUCAAAACCACACCCACUCUCACAGUAAGCCAUAGAACUUAAAAUCAUUCCCAGGAAAACAAAACGUUUUUAAAGCACAUAAUUGGCAGUUACAAAGAAAGCAAUCAGGUAAUAAAUAUACUUAACAAAAAACAAUUCCAGAAAAUGUUUAAACAAGAACAACAACACUCUCCAAAGGACACACAUGCCACUAGAAAAGAAAAUCCAAAAUCCAAAAAAAGAAAAAACAAAAUCAACAAA